AAAUCUUUGGUGACUGAAGGUGAAACAGCGUUCAAGGAAAUGAAUCUCACUUGUUCAGUUCUUACUGAAACUUAGAGAAAUCUCACCUGACCAGAUGACGAAGUGUUCGGGGAAAAACAUUUGUCGCUGCGACAAGGAAGUGGAUUUUCCAUCGGUGUCUCAGAUGUGCAGAAAUAUUGAAAAUGGCUGAAACUAAAGAAGUGUCAAAAACUAGUCAAGGGUUGUCUGUUGUCUGCCAGUCUGAUAUUGUAUUUUCCCAUCCUGGAGAUGAUGUCGUUCUGUCAUGUCAUCUUAAUCCGGCUGUCAGUGCUGCUUCAAUGGAGAUUCAGUGGUGGCAUAAGGAAGAUCUAGUUUUCCAUUAUAAGAAUGGAAAGAUGACAGUGAACAUAGACUUUGAGGGUCGAGUGAGUCUCCCACUGCAAGAUCUACAAAACGGAAAUUUGUCUUUGACUCUCAGAGACGUCAGGAGUUCACAGAAGGGUCUCUAUAUUUGUGAAGUCACCCAUGAAAGUCAGUCAAUACAAGAUACUGUUUUUCUCCAUAUCAGCUCUGUAGACUUUAGUCUUGUGUUUUCAUCUGACCCUCUGUGUGUGGCCCCUGGGGAAGAUGUCAUCUUACCUGUUCAUCUCUUACCUGAAACCAGUGCUGUGUUCAUGGAAAUCAGAUGGUUCAAAGAGACAGAGCUCAUUUAUCAGUAUAUGAAAGGACAGGAGAUGACAAAUAAUGACUUUGAGAACCGAGUCAGUCUGUCCAUCCAGGAGCUGAGGAGAGGAAAUCUUGCUCUGAUUUUGAGAAAUGUUCAGUCAUCAGAUUCAGGAGACUAUACAUGCACAGUCUUUCAUGAUGGAUGUCAGAAGAGAGGAGUAGUUCACUUGCAAGUUAAAGAGAUUGAGAGAGUGAAACAUCUCUGCAGUGUCAUAAAGCAAGCGCAUGAAGACAUUAUGCAACAAAGAGUAAAACUUAAUGAAACCAUAAAGUUGCUUGAAGAAACACUCAAUAUUGUUGAUCGGUCAUCUAGCCAUUUAAAUAGUAUGGAAGGGAUUCCCCCAUUCAUGCAAGAUCAGAGCAAACUCGAAGGAUUGGACAUGGAAAACAGGAGAGCAGAUUCUACAUGUACCACUAAAAGUAUGGAAGAAUUUCCCCCAUUCAUGGAAGAAGAGCGUAGCAGUCAAAGAACAAUACAAACUAGAGAAGAGGGUAAAGCUACUGAGCAAGAGUUAUCAUCAGAGAGAGCUACACGAGCCCAACAGAGCCCAAAUCAAGAAACGAGACACGAGACUGUGGCUACAGACCAAGAGAGAUCUUCAUCAGCUGUACCACCACAGAUACAAGAGAGACCAGGAACAUCACAAUCAGAUGCAGCACAAACACCACCGAGGCCAGAAGACAGGAGGCAAAGGAGUCAAGAAAAAAGAGAGAGAAAAUGCCACAUUUUGUAAUUAAAUAUACUGUUAUUUACUACAGGUUUGUGAUUAAACAUUUGUCACAGAGUCACAGUUUUUCCUACAUUAAACUGUUCUGAGUGAUCUGGAAUCAUUCUCAUAUUUGUGAAAUCCAAAAUAAUGUUUUGGUAAGUGAUUUUAACCAUGCUGCUAACUUAAACUAUGUGCUUUUACAUAAAGUAGUGUUUCUGAAUAAUCAUGUUUUCUGAUUUGGGGUUUGAUUACAUUUUAGGGUAUACUGCUACCUCAAGUACGUGAGAUUACAUGCAUUGAUUCAAUAAAUCUCUGUAGUCCUCAUAUUUGUCACUUUAACUGUUUAGUUCAACUCAAAAUAACUGGUCAACAUUUACUCACCCUUGUAUCAUGAUGGUCUUCAGGAUGUGUCUGGGAUCUGCACUGACCACCGGCAAAAUACUCUCCAUGAGGCCUCACUGUCUGUAUAGUUUAUAAAAUAUUAAAAAAGAAAAAAAACAAAUAUAAAGCAAAUGUAUUUAGAUAUUUCAUUGACCUCACUGGAAAUUCAAUAUCUGGAUUUAUACUUAAAUUAGGAUUUAGUAAAAUAAUGUUAGCUCCAAUCUAAAAUAAAGUAUUUUUGUUUUCUGUGUUGUAAAUGACACAUGUUGUUUAAUAAAUGACUUUCGACCUAAAAUGUUCUCAUAAUA